UUUACACAAAACCGCUGAUAAAUAAUUUAUCUGUCUAACAAAGAGGAAUUUUAAUUUUUUCUAAGUUUAUCCUGUAGUUACCACGUUUGGCAUAAACACAAGGUAAAAGCAAGACCUGGAAAGGUUUCUUGCGUGCGAAGCGGCCAUCAGACAAAGAAGCGAAAAAUAUAUUUCAACUUCAAGCCGAAGAAUCUUGACCUGCCUCUUGACAGAAGCGCAAAUGUUAAAAGCUUGGAAGAAUUUUAUCGAACAUGGGAUGCAGUAAUUCUAAAACACUGGACGUCAACACAGAUGUUCCCGAUGCUCCUAAAGUGAAACAAGCCCUUACUCAAGAAGAUGGAAAUCCACAAGGAAUUAGAGUAUUCAACAAGAACACAAAUAUUGGCCAAGAGCAAAACGGCUUUGACAAUCGAGAUGUACAUUGUAAAAGGGUCGAAAACCAUAAUACUGGAGGACUAAUUAACCCGUUACGCAAGAGCUUUAAAAUCGGAGAUGAUGUUCAUGUGCGCGGUUAUGUCGGCGUUGUAAAGUUUGUUGGUGUCACUGAGCUUGGCGAAGGAGAAUGGAUUGGAAUUGAAAUGCAACAAGAAAUGGAGCAAGGAAAUGAUGGAUGUUACGAAGGGAUUCAAUACUUCCCUUGCGCAGCGAAACGAGGUGUUUUUGCUCGACCGUCUGUGGUAUUUCCCCAUAAGGAUUCAAUGGAAAAACGAGAACAAAUCAGCACGAUUUCACCUGCUGGACUGGCGCUUUUGCAAAUGCGCUGCCGGCGGGCAUUAAGAGCCAUUCGUAGGCGUAAGCUUACCCUUCGUUCUGACUUGGAGAGGGCGGUAGACGCUCACGUCAAGUCGAUACCCAAAAGCGAAACGGUAAACGUCACCAAACUGAGCCAAUAUCUUACAGAGCCGUAUGAAAGCUUAAAAAGCAAGGCUUUCGCUGUGUAUCGAUGGAUAACUAUCAACGUAUUCUUCGACGUGGAGGGUUACUUUGAAACAGCAGCAAAGAAAGGCACCGAUGCCGAAAGUGUGCUUAGGAAACGCGUCACGACAAGUGAAGGGUAUGCUAAUUUAUUUCAAGAGCUCUGUCGAUCAUCGAACGUCCCAGCGCGGAAGGUGAGAGGGUUCGCUAAGGGAUAUGGCUACCAGAUGCGGCAGAAAAUUCCUGAACCAAACCACUCCUGGAAUGUUAUCAGAGUGAAUGGUGGAAAGUGGUUUAUUUGUGAUCCAACUUGGGGAGCGGGUAGUAUCGGAGAAGACAUGAUGUUUCACAGAGAUCCCAACGUACACCAGUUCAUGAUUCCGCCCUCUAUUGCUAUUACGAAUCGUUUCCCCGCUGAAGAGAAAUGGCAGUUUUUGGAUGCACCGAUUACAAAAGAAGCCUUUGAGAGAUUAGCUGUCCCUUUAGGCCCUCUUCGUAUGAUGAAUGUGGCUUUGUGUAGCCACAAAGAGAGCAUGUACACUGCAUCAGACAGCGAAAAAAUUGAAAUGACUUUCUAUGCAACAGACAGCGCUAUACUGAAAGGAGUGCUAAAGAACAGUGUUUCUGGGAGAGAACGACCCACUACGAGAAAUAUGGUCCGCGUUGAGCCGGCUCGUGAAAAUAACAAAGUUAAACUAACGGCUCAGUUUCCCUCUGCUGGGGAAUUUGUGCUAGAAGUUAUGGUGCUUGUAGACUCCAAGUGGGAACAUGGAGUCAGAUACUACAUUUAUUCCACCGCAGGCGUUGGAGAGGAAAGAGGGGGAUUUCCCACCGUAAGUCUUAAUUUUAAAUCCCUGGGGUUUCAGUUACACAGUCCACUGAGGAAUAUCGAAACAAGAGACGGAAAAUGUAGCGUUACUCUAACCUGUGGUAAGAAGCGUUUCGGCAUGCUAGAGGGAAGGUUAAUCAAGACGUCCGGCGAGCAAACUGGGAAAGUGGAAGACCACAACCUGUGUUGCAGCGAAAAAACCGAGGAUGGGUUCCGUCUAAAAGUGCACUUGCCGAGCAGAGGAGAGUAUAAACUAAGCAUUUACGCCAAAUACUACGACCCCUCUAUACCUGAAGAGUAUUUGUGCACGUACUUUGUCACUGCUUACAAAGGAGCUGGUCUCGUACCAGGUUUUCCUAUAAUUGCAGAGCGUUUGCGAGCAUGGGGUCUGACCCUUUCAAGCCACUCAGAAAACAUUUUAGCUGAAAAUGGCCAAACUUCCAUUACCGUUCAAAAUCCCAAAGGCGUUUUAUUGUCUGCACAUCUCAAACUAGACGAGAAAGAUCUUCACGGAAUGUGCGCUGUCGAGAACAUGGAAAACGAGUCUGUAAUUCAAGUUCACGCUCCUGAAAGCGGCUUUUUCACGUUGAACAUCUUUGGUCGUAAAACGGUGGACGCGAAAUCUGAAUUUCUUUGCUCCUACACAAUCAGGGCUUUGAAAGGUGUAAGCAAUAAUCCAGGCUUCCCACAGAUCUCAGAACUGUUCAAGACAUGGCAAAUCGAGUUAGUUGACCAACACGAGAAUAUCCUGUCAGAAUGUGGAAGGGCCUCGCUAAAACUGAAAACCCCAGGGAGCAUUUUAGUUCAGGCAACUCUACAACAAGGAGAAGACAAUCUCCCCCACGAGCUCUGCUUCACCGAGAGAGAAGGCCACGUUAGCAAAAUAAGCGUGCAUUUGCCUGUCGCUGGUUUGUACAAACUAAACAUUUUCGGACGGGAUGGUCCAAGUGCUAAGGGACAAUUUCUAAGUUCGUUUAGUGUGCUAGCGACAUCGGGAUUCGGGGAAAACCCGGGAUUUCCGCGCGUAUCGGAUGAGUUUCGGGAAUGGGGUCUUCGAUUGGAGAGUCAUCGACAGAAUAUUACUGUGUAUGACGGAUCAGUCGCUAUCACAUUUAUUAAUCCAAAUGCCAUAAAACUAAUUGUUCGUCUGAUAAACGCCGAAAACGAGGAAACUCAAGAAAAGUCGUGUUUGAGCAAGGAGAGAUGCGAUGAAAGAGACGUUAUUUACUGCCAGCUUCCAGGCAAAGGAAAAUAUACUUUGGACGUCUUAGGAAAAAACUCUUCGAACUCAAAGAAAAAAGUACUUUUAUGUAGUUACUCCAUUUUUUAUUGACUCGUCAACGUGCCGCCUGUGGCACAAGGUCGCUAAUUGAGACUGAUUUCAAAACACGCAGCAAACAUAGAUGCAAUUCUAUGCACGUGUGGCAAUAAAUCGAUGAAAGCCAAAUGCGGUGAUGAAUUGUUGUCACUAGACAUAAAUAUAUAAUCAGGAUACCUGCAGCGAAAAGGUGUCAUAUAAAAUCCUUCUUGCGAGCUAGUUCUAAAACGCUCUGAACUAACAAAAAAAACGGCCAAAUUUGUGAUAGUGAAACAAACUGCACCUAUUGUGAACUAAGUUUUCUCAUGUCUGCCUGUAAGGUAGUUGAAAAGAGGUUGAACAAUUUCGUCAUUAAAGCGUUGUGUUU